AUGGGAGUAGCGGCUAGCAAAGACAAUGACGAUCUGACAGACAACUUGGUUAAACAUGGACAAAUAGUUUCAAAAGAAGUUGAACUGGUUUUCAGACUUGUUGACAGGGGACGCUUUUUCCCUAUCGAUUAUGUGGACGAGGCGUAUCGUGAUAAUCCAUUUAAGGUCCCUGCUGAAGCUACUGGAGAAUGGACUCCCGGAAAACUUCACAUAUCUGCCCCAAGCAUGUAUGCUACUGUUUUGGAAAAGCUUGACUUGAAACCAGGACACGCUUUUCUCAAUGUUGGGUCUGGUACCGGCUGGCUGAGUACAGCUGCCGGUUUCUUGAUUGGUGGUUCUGGAAUCAAUCAUGGAGUAGAAAUUCAUGAGAACCUUAUCAAAUUUGCCGAAGAGAAACUUGCAGAAACCAUUGAACGUCCUGAGGUCUGUGCGUUCCCCUGGACGAAACCUGCGUUUUUCCACGGCAAUGGCCUAGCCCAAGAAAUGAGUCAGACAGCACACUUGUACGAUCGUGUUUACUGCGGAGCUGCAGUUUCAGAUGAGGAUACUGUUAAUCGACUUAUCAAAUUAUUAGAAAUCGGUGGCAAACUUAUUGUCCCAAUUAGGAAUAGCUUGAUGGCUUAUACACGUACUGGUGAGAAUACCUUUUCAUCCCAAGUUCUUAUGGCAUGCCAGUUCGCAGAUCUACUGCCACCAAAGGAAGAAGACCGUCGUGAUUGCCUCCCCUGCUUAGUUCGACCUCCUUCUUUGGCUGAUUUGUGCAGAGAUGUCAUACGAGCAUCCCUUCGAAAAAACGUUCUGAAGGAGUGCCCAGUUUUUAUGCGAAGUAUUGUCGAUGAGUCGGUUCCAUCAGGGCCUGAUAAUUCUUCUCAAGCCGAUGGUGAUGGUGAAAUGGGCAACGGACAGAAUCAUGAAGAACUCAACAUUAUUCGUCAUCCAAUUCGUGUUGAACUGUUUCGGAAUCUUGGAGCAGCUCGCAUCCGUCUUGAAGGGCACGAUCGAGCUAGACGUGAGCAGAGGGGUCGCGAUGUUAUGAUGCGCGAUAUAGUAACAGUUCAACUGCAAGAUGGAGAACGAGCGAACGGACCAGGUCACGGUGAUACCGAUCGUGAUUUUGACUUCGGCGCUGGAAUGUUCGUUUUUGCAGAUGAAGGACCUCCGGCGGACGAUGAAGAGCUCGACGAUGACGACAGAAUGGGCCUACACUGGUUAAACGCUAUUCUUGGCUUCGAGCGUGAAGCACGAGGUCUUCGCGAUCGUGAACCUGAUGGCGAUCGCGAGAGAUCAGCAUCACUGAGUGAUGACUCUUCAAGCGAUACGUCCGUUGAUGAGGGGGCGGCUGACGGCACUGAAGAACCUGUGGCUGAAGCAUCAUCUGAGAUGCCAGAGGAAAAGAACAAUAGCUCUAAUGAAGUAAAUGGAUCAAGUCAGGACAAUGAAGGAAACACAUCGAAUGAGGUCACUUCGAUGGUAACAGAUUCUGCUGAUGUAAAAGCUGAAGACGUCCAACCAGAUCCGGAAGAGUCGAAUAAUGGUCAUCCCCAUGAGGAGUCUGAAAGUAAUGGUCAUCCCCAUCAGGAGGAGUCGGAGAAUAACGGUCAUGAUGAACAACAAGGAGAACCUGAACCUGAACCUGAACCUAAUGCUGACGAGGAUGCCAACGGCGAGGAUCGUAAUUGGGAGAGUUUUCCGCGGGACGUUAUGGAUCUACGGGAGUUCCUAGCGUCAAAUCGUAAUAAUCGCGGCAGAGCAGAUCGGAACAACAGAAAUAACAACGACGCCAGUGGAUCGAACUCGACUCGAAGACCACGUCCAUCAGUGUCACGACGUAGCGCUAAGAGGGCACGCAUAGCAGACGGUGAUAACAAUGAUGACGAGAUCAGUCGGGUAGUUCCAGGCUACGUGCCAUACGAUAAGUACGUGCAUUUGAAAAUGAAUGUUGAUGAGGUAGAAAAACAGGCCGAAGAGGAACGCGAUAAACAGCAUGCGUCGCUAAAGAACUUUGGUGAGGCUUUCAAUGAGGCCAUGUGGAAACUUCCACUGCCGAAGCACUUGAUCAAAUACAUUGCAUUGCACUCAAUUGCUCCAAUGUUCGCUACCGAUCAGACGUGCAGAUGGAGGUAA